AUGUUGGCAUUUUACGAGCUCCUCAUAAUCGUUGCGGUCGUGACGUCCUCAUCUGCGUCGCUUGUAUUCCAUGAGGGCCGCUCCUCGCACCCCAGCGGGUUCGUAAGCCAUGGUGCUACUCCUGACGAUCAGACUAUCACACUGCGCGUUGCCCUCGCGUCUAACGACAUCGCGGGUCUGGAGAGCAAGAUGAUGUCGAUGAGCACACCAGGCAGCCAUGAUUUCAGACGAUGGCUUUCGGCUGACGAGGUCAAGUCGUUUGUGGCGCCCUCCGACGCUACCGUCGCCGCAUUCAACACGUUCGCCCAGGACAACGGUUUGGAGACGUCAGUGAUAUCCCCGAAUGGCGACUGGGUAUCCUUCACGACCACCGUCGGACAUGCAAACACGCUUUUCGGUGCAUCUUUCCAGACCUUCACCCAUGGCUCUAUUGCGGAGCCCUUAGUACGGACGUUGUCCGUCUCUCUUCCGUCAGAGCUCGUCGGUCACGUCGACACCAUCCAUCCGACCACUUCAUUCGGAGAACCGGAUGCUCGUCUUACACCGAUGGACUUCGUCACAGUGGAGAAGCGCGCUGUCUCUGCUUCAUGCAACUCCACAAUCACACCUGUCUGCUUGCAGCAAUUGUACGGGAUUCCCGCGAUCCCGGCAGCGGCGGACCAGAGAAAUAUCCUUCUCGUGACAGGUUAUGUUCAAGAGUUUGCUGAGAUCGCGGAUAUAUCGACCUUCCUCAAGCAAUUCCGACCCGAAAUCGAUCCCACGACCACCUUUAAUGUCGAGACCGUGGACAACGGCACUAAUCCCCAAAUACCAACGGGUACUGGACAGGAGGCUAACCUUGAUAUGGAGUACACCAUGGGUGUCGCAUCUGGCGUUCCUGUCACUUUCCUUUCCAACGGCAAUACCGACUUCUUGACCGGAUUAGCGGAUACGGUGGCCUUCCUCGUAGGCAACUUGAGUCUACCUUCGGUAAUGACUACGUCCUACGGUGCCAACGAGAACACUGUUGCUGUUAGCCUGGCAACGAAGAUCUGCAACGGCUAUAUGGCUCUUGGGGCACGCGGUGUCUCCGUGAUUCACGCGUCAGGCGACGGCGGCGUGCGCGGCAACCACGACGGCCUGAACACGACAUGCCCCUCAGACAUGUUUAUUCCCGUAUUCCCAGCUAGCUGUCCGUUUGUGACCGCCGUCGGUGCUACAGUUGACAUAGAGCCUGAACGGGCCAUCAAUUUCACCGGCGGUGGGUUUUCUAACGUAUUUCCGCGGCCGUCAUAUCAGGCAACAGUUGUGUCCGAAUUCCUCGACACCAUCCCCUCCAACUUCACCGGCGUAUUCAACAGUAGCGGCCGUGCAUACCCAGACGUCGCAGCACAGGGUUGGAACAUUCAGGCCGUUGGCGAAGGCGAAGUCAUCUCUAGUGGCGGUACAUCCGCUUCUGCGCCGAUAUUCGCGAGCGUCAUCGCAUUGAUCAAUGACCAGCUUCUCGCUGCUGGGAAACCGGUUCUUGGCUUCUUGAACCCGUUCAUCUACUCCACCGCGUCGAACGCCUUUACCGACAUCACCAUCGGGAAGAACACCGGGGUUCACUGCCCAAGUACAGUUUCUGCGUUCACCGCGACCACAGGGUGGGACGCAACGUCAGGGUUCGGGACUCCCGUGUUCUCCAAGCUAUUGGCGGCAGCGAUGGCAGCAUGAUGUACUCGACUGGUGUAUGAUGAACUGUGCGGUG